AUGCAACGUUUUACUAGAGCUUUCAACUCCAGUUCUAGUCAUUUGAAAGAUUUAUCUAGAUUCAUUGACAAGUCGAAAAAUAUUGUCAUUAAUGAAACCACUAAGAUUCCUACUUUGAAAGGUAGUCCCACCAUAUAUAACCCUAAAUCAUCUGCAUCAAACUAUAAAGGUUAUCUGAGGGCUAAUAUCCAACCUGGUUUGUAUUUCAAUAAAGCUCAAUCUUCACCAACCGGUUCUAUUAAUAUUGAAACUUAUCCACCAAUGUUUUUAAGUAAGGAUGACCCUAGAGCAAACGUAAUCAAACAAGUUGCAGAGAAUGAUCCGUUGGCUGUUAAGAAUAUUGAAGAUGCUCCUCCAGUUUUAAUUAGUAAGAGUACGAGCAAUUCGAAAGAUAAGAGAUACCACUUGAAGCCUGAGCAGAUUCAAGAAAUAAUAGAAUUGAGGAAUGCAAAUCCGGAGAAAUAUACCAGGAAAGCCCUGGCAGCACAAUUUCAAGUUUCUCCAUUAUUUAUAUCCAUGGUAGCAUCUGCUCCAAUGGAGAGGCGAUUAGAAAUGCAGUCUCGUUUGGUUAUUAUUAAAUCUAAAUGGCACAUGAAGAAGGCUAUCGCUAGGGCUGAUAGAAGUAAGAGAAGUAAAUUGAAGUAUAGAGCUUAA